GGUGUGCUCGAGGAACGGUAUUCGUGCUUAAACACAGCCAAGCACUGUUAUCACAUGGUCGAACUAAGGAAGUGUUAUUUGACGAAGUAAGAAACGAACAGAGAGCGGAGAAAGUCCUGGUAUCACAUUACUACUAUAUACAAGACAGUUUAGGAGGUGACGAAAGAGACCCGAGGCAGCAACAGAUAUCUUCAACAGAGCUUUACGAGACCGAAGCCUGGACGAUCACAAUACAUCAUCAUCAGCAUGUUUGGACUAAUAAUUCCUCUGUCCCUGUUUACAGUGGCGGCAUGUCUACUCAUCUACUUAUACUUCACAAAGAUAUACAGAAAACGGCGGCCGGGUGAAGCUCCGGUGGCGAAGGGACAUUUUCUGUGGGGAAAUGGAGAAGAAUUCAACAAGAAUGCGGUGCAGUUUUUGUUAAAGUGUGGUAAAGAUUUAGGCGACGUUUUUACCAUUCGUUUACUCAAUCAGUGCUUAACCAUUGUAAUGGACCCUCAUAGCUAUGAAGCAUUCAGCAAAGAGAAAAAUUUUGACUUCAAUCCCAUUCAAGAACAGGUAAACUGGAAUGUCUUCAGUUUCGUUUUAAAAAAGCCAAAAGCCAUGGUCAAAAUCGCUGGUAAGACUGUCCGUGGUCCGGCAAUGGACAAAGCAAUGGACAACGUGACCACUGAGGCUGGACUUUCGAAGAACAACAACACGUCGGACAUGUCCAAAGAAUGGUCAGAAGACGGUCUUCGGUCACUGUGCCGGAAAACCAUCUUCAACGCCAUCUUCUACACGUUGUUCGGUCGCGAGGACAACGCGGAUUUCAACCCCACGAUAUUCUGCAACGAAUUCGAGGUGUAUCACAAGUAUUUUAACUACAUGUGGCUUGGGAUGCCCAGAAGUUGGUUCCCGGCAGCGACAAAGGCUCUUGGUCGUCUGGUUCUCCAGCCCUCAUCUGAUGAAUUACUGUGUAGGGACGACGCGUCAGAAUAUCUCAAAACAAUGGUGGCUUUCAUGAAAUCCAACGAUCAGAACGAAAUGGAUAUUAAAGCCCACAACCUAGUGUACCUGCACGUGAACUAUAACACGUUCAAAGUAGCGUUCUGGGCGCUGUACCACAUCUUGCAGCAGCGAGAAGGGUUCCAGGCUCUGAGACAAGAAAUAGACGAAAUCUUGGAGAGAAAACGCCAAUCCAACAACCCAGAUGAGAUCAUCCUGCUUGAUCAAGCAGAUGUGGAGGGCAUGAAGACUUUAGACAGUAUCUGUUUGGAAGCGUUCCGAGUGUCAAGCGGAGUCUUCAUGGUACGAUACGUGACCGAGGACACAAAAUUCACGACCAGUGAGGGCAAGGAACACAUUUUCCGAAAAGGUGACCGAGCGGCCAUCUACCCGCCAGCAAUCCACAACAAUCCAGAAAUUUUUGAAGAUCCCGAGGAGUAUAAACAUGACCGCUUCAAGGACAAGAAAUUUUACAGAAACGGCCGUGAAAUCAAGAAUCCCAUUUUGUCCUUCGGAUCUCUCUGUCCUGGAAGGAGGAUGGCCAUGUUGCAAUUGAAGUGGUACAUGCUAGCGAUGGUUAAUCGCCUAGAUAUCGAACUCUUGCCAGGCGAGAAAGCCGAAUACGCUGUAGAAUAUUAUGGACAUGAAAUCCUUCCCCCUAGAAAAGACGUUAAUGUCAGGAUGCGUUUGAGGCCCAACUGUCGGCAGGUUCAGCUAACAGUGUGAGCAAAAAAGACUAGAAGGACAUUAACCCACGAAGUGUGAGUUUCCAAAAACACUUGAACAGUUCGUGUGGAUACAUCAGUCCCAUACAAGGGAUUGUCGCCAGCAUAUCUUGCUCGAAUAUCACCCAAAUUCUCAUUUAACAUCGAAGUAUUUAAAAAAUAAUUUAUUACUGUACAGUGUACAUAGUUACUCUAUUUUUCUACCAGAUUCUUCUUUUUUAAUAUAUGACAUCUUCAGCAUCAUCUUGUUAUCGCUCAUCACAAGAGAUUUUGUUCAAGAAAAAAAGAUGGAAACCGAAAAUGCCAGCGGCGCGCCAGGCGCUUUAGGUGGAGAGGCGUGACCCUUCUGUGACCUUUGAGCAGACGACGAUGUUCAUUUUCCGAAGGAGCGUGUGCUUUUGUGAAAGAAACUAUCCCGAUGACCAUCGACUAAUAACUGGAGUCCCAUUGUAUUUCUGAAAGAAAUCUCUGUUGGUGGCGCCUUUUUUUAAUGCCAAAGACAUUAUUAUCCGCGAGUCGCGCACAGCUUAGCGCGCCCUUCAUUUUUCUCAUCGUCUGUCGCAUUCACCGAAAAAUGUCUUUUUCAUUCAUCGUAUCAUCCUCAUGAAUAUCUAUGAAUUUUUCAUUAUAUAUACACAAGCACCCCGCGAUAUCACAAGACAUAGACAGAAGUGUGAUACUGUCGGCUGCUAUCAAAAGCUUUGACUUCUAUAGACCAGGAUUUAAAGGCACUUUGUGCUUAACUCGUCUCAUGAAAAGUAACAAUUUGUAGUUGCUUUGUCGGAACUCUUCUUAGUGGGAGGUCGAAAAGUAAUUGGCAGGUGCUACUCAAGGCGGACUAGGUAGCUUUUCUUAUUAAUACAUCCAUCUUAAGGUGAAAAGGUUAAUGCUUCUGUUGAAAGGUUUAUAACUAUUUUGUAUCGUUUGCAUUUUUGUUUAGUUGGAUUCGGCGAUUCUACUCAUUGCAUUGGCACUUAUGUUUACUUUAUUAUGGCAAAUCAUUUUUGAUGCCCAAUUUUGUGAAAUAUAAGCUCUUAAGAUUUUUCGUAUUUUCCAUAUCACAGUUUGUUUCACUUAUUUUAUGUUUUCAACCUAAAAAGCAGUAGAUUUAUUAUAAAAGACGAAGUCAAAUUUACCGUAGUGUAGUAACGGUAUGCAUUCCUGGUGAGAAAGAAUUGGAAAACAGACAGAUAACCGUUUUGCACAACAUUUAAUUGGAUGCAACUGGUCUUUCAGAAAGCAUUAGUCAAGCCAACUUUAGAAAUUAUUUUCACAAGUUGUGAGAAAUGUGUCAACAGCCUGGCUGAAACUGGUAUGGGCCAUGCGCCGAGAAAAUGAGAUUAUUGUGGUAUGCAAUUAGUGUCACUGAACAGAAAUAAUUACGAAACAAAUCACAAUAGUUAAGCUAUAUUGCGUCAUCUUGAAUUGACUUGCUUCUGGAAAUAAUAUACUGAAAACGUAUUAUCGCCUCACGUAAUUUCGUCAUAAUAAUGAUGAUGAUACAGUGCUAUUGUAGUAGUUAAGUAUAAAGAGUGGCAAGGUAAAUCAGCUGCUUAUGAAGUCUUCCAAUACAUAUUUAGUGAAUACCAUCAACUAUGUCUCAGUGUAGCCAAGUGUACAGGUAGAACAUCUCAAUGUCCGUCAUCUACGUAUACUAAGAUCUGACACGGUAAUUCCAAACCUUUGCCAAGACAACUUUGUGCAACAUUGUAUGGGCUAUAGUUGUAUAUUUUAAUGCUUUGUUGACACUGGGUUGGUAUUUAAUAGUUGCCCAAAGCAUAGACGUGUGUCUUUGCUUGUACUAUAACCUAAUUGAAAUCACAGCUUCAGUGUCCAGUUUUAUCGUGAAUACACGCUCAGUAAUUCUCGAUAGUGCAGUCGCAGUUAUUGUGCAGUUGUGGUAUAUAUACAAUUCAUUUUGCCAUUUAUUUUUAUAUUUCUCAGUGGAAUACAGUGACGCCAAUAGUUUUCGGUAUGUUAACCGCAUUUUAGCGCAGUUUCCCCAAAGUAGAAUAAUACUAUCAUACCGCGGUUUCAUGGUAUCGAUUUUUUAUGAUAGAUACUAUAUCAUUCUUAUCAUUGAUCAUAAGCCAUCUCAUCGAUUCAUUGUGUUAGAUUUUCUAAUGUUAUGCAACGUGUACUUACAGUGAAGUUAUUAUUUCAUUUACACACUCGUGCAAGUUUUACACAUCAGUUUAUACAGCACUCGUGUCAUUUAUUUACAUAAAUUAUUGUUAAUUAAAUUAUUCACUUUGAAAUAAAGAUUUG